CGCGCAUCUUAUUUAGAUCAUUUGGCUUGAAGGAAGAGAAAAAUAUGGCAGGCAUAGAAGAUGAUGAUACACCUCCCGCGCUGGUCGAUGUUUCGGUGAAUCCGAUCUCGUCCACGCCAACUACGACAACAGACACUCCGGCGCAGAGUCGAGUGCCGAUCACGCUGGUGACUGGAUAUCUGGGCGCGGGGAAGACAACAUUGCUGAAUUAUAUUCUUACGAAAAAACAUGGAAAAAAGAUAGCCGUGAUCAUGAAUGAAUUCGGAGACUCUUCCGACAUCGAAAAACCUCUUACCGUCAACGAAGAUGGAAAAGAAGUUACCGAAUGGAUGGACGUCGGAAACGGCUGCAUCUGCUGCUCUGUCAAAGAUUCUGGCGUCAUGGCCAUCGAAUCAUUAAUGGAACGCCGCGGCACAUUCGACUACAUUCUCCUUGAGACCACCGGUCUAGCAGACCCCGGCAACAUCGCCCCCGUCUUCUGGGUCGACGAUAACUUAGGCAGCUCUAUCUACCUCGACGGGAUCGUCACACUCGUCGACGCCAAGAAUAUCCUCCAUCUUCUCGACCAGCCGGCGCCGGAAGAGAUCGCUUCUUCGGGACAUGGUGGUGCACCUGAUGGUAAAAACAACGGACAUGAGCAUGGGCACAACGGCCCUGUGCUAUCCAUGGCGCAUAUGCAAAUCUCACACGCGGAUGUGAUUGUCCUCAACAAAGCAGAUCUAGUAACCCGGGAGGAAUUGGAGAUCGUUCGUGACCGUAUCUCAGCGAUCAAUAGCGUCGCCAAGAUCCAUGUUACGGACCACAGCAAGACGCCGCAGAUUGAAGGCGUUGUGUUGGACUUGCAUGCAUAUGAUCAUCUCGCUAGCCUGGACUUUGGUGAAAAGGGCCAUAGUCAUAUUGAUCCGGCUAUCUCAACUGUCUCAAUUAUAACACCCCCAAUCCCCGCCGACAAAGUCUCCCGCAUAGAUACCUGGCUGCAGUCUGUCCUUUGGGAUUCUAAGCUCCCCCUUCCUGCUCCUUCCAGCCCAUCCCAGGCUCAACCUACCGAUUUCGAAAUCCAUCGCUUAAAAGGUAUCCUGGCACUGAGCGACGGCGAGAAAUCAACAAAGAUUAUCCAAGCGGUCCGGGAUAUUUUCGAGAUUAGAGACUCGGAGCAGGUGCCACAAUCUGACCCUGAGAAACCUGCUUGCUGUAAGAUUGUGCUUAUUGGUCGGGGGCUGGGGACGGAUGCGAAGCCGUGGCAGGAGAGUUUUGAAGCUUUCUUGGUGGGUGAUGAAUAGGUUUUAGGGUUAUGCUGCAUUUUCGAUUACCAGGUGGUACAUUAUCAUAUUUAAAGCUAAAAUACACGAUUCAUGUUUGUAAUUGAUCCCGCAUGUCCCACUAGGCCACUAUAUUUACUUGGCUGCCAUAUCCCAUACCGUAGGUAUGUACCGCAGUGG